UCUCAGCUGAUCGGCGGGUGGGCGGGGCUUCCACGGAGGCCUCGUGUAGGCCUCUGUGAAGCCUGAACUCCAGUAGGGCCCAAGCCAGCCAGGAAGGAGGCAGCCAGAGAGGCCUCCACUGUUCUCUGCAGCAGAAGACCCCCUGCUGCCAGGUUAUUUCAAGUAUAAGGACUGCAAGUUCACUAGCUGUUCAUGCAGAAGUGAAACCACACUCCACCUUGACAGCAGAGAACUUCUUACACCCAGAAGGACAGAAAAGAGGAAAUGGACAGAAAAGAGGAAAUGCUCAUAAGCCAAAAUUUAUUUCACUCAAACUAGUGCUGAAGAAGAUUGCAAGCAUUGGCUGGCACGGAAGCGAUAAAAUAAAAUAAUACCAGAGCUUAUUGCCAACAGAAGCUAUACCUGCGAAGGGUUAGGACUGACCAAGAUCCCAGAAGAACUGCCUUUCAUGACUGAAGUCCUUGAUUUCAGCUUUAACUUCCUUUUUUUACUUCGGCGCUCAGCGUUCAUAAACCUGAAGGACCUGGUAUAUUUAGACUUAACAAGGUGUCAGAUUAAUUGGGUAUAUGAUGGUGCCUUUGAAAGCAACUCUCACCUGGAGACCAUUGUGUUGACUGGAAAUCUUCUUCUGUUUCUGGCAGACACAGCAUUCACAGGACCUCGUUCUUUGAAGCAUCUUGACCUAACCCAAACGGGACUCAGCAGUUUACUAUCUAUCCCAAUGGAGGACCUGGAUAAUCUGGAGACACUGAUAUUAGGAAACAACUACAUCCAAUCAAUAGAACUCCCAGCAAACUUUCCAACUAGGAAUCUCAAAUACUUGGAUUUUCAGAGGAACAUCAUCCAAAGAAUAUCAGCUAAAGAUGUAGCAGUACUAAAGUCAGUCAGCAAUCUGACUCUUAUUCUUAAGGGCAAUGACAUUAGAUACGUUGAAGCCGGGGCUUUCAGUUCCAUUUUUUUCUAUAACUUGGACUUUGGUGCUUGUUUUAACAUUUCAGCGAUCUUAGAAGGAUUGCAAGGUGCCAAGACUGUUGCUCUUUGGCUUGGGACUUUUGAAAAUAUUAUCGGGAACUAUCUUCGCAUAAGUGCCAGCAUGUUGCGAGGCAUCUGCAAUAUGUCUACAAAUGAACUCAAUCUGCAAUAUCGCCAUUUCCUUCAACUUUCUACAGACACAUUUCAUUGUUUGACCAAACUCCAAAAGCUGGAUUUGACCAAAACCAGUCUCAGUGAGCUACCUGCUGGUCUUGUUGGGAUGAAUAGGCUGAAGGAAUUAAAUCUCAACAGGAACAACUUUGAGUAUCUUUGCAGCAUUCAGUCUUCCGCUUUCCCCAAUCUCACCCAUCUCUCCAUCAAAGAUAAUUCUCAGGGGUUAGACUUGGGCACUGGAUGCUUAGAAUCCUUGUCCAAGCUUGAACACCUUGACUUGAGCAACAGUCAUAUAAGAAGCUCCGAGUGCUGCAGCAAGCAACUGAGUGGUCUGAUCAGCUUGCAGCAUCUCAACUUAAGCCACAAUGCCAAGUUAUUGUUCCCUAAUGUAGCCUUUCAUGAAAGUGCUGACUUGAGAGUUCUGGAUUUCACUUCCACACACAUUAUCAUCAAUGACUCUCAAGGACCCUUCCGCAAUCUGCAUCAUUUACAGGUUCUGAACCUUUCUAAAUCCCAAAUUGGUUCAAGCAUUCAGCACAUUUUGCAAGGUCUAGAGAACCUUAUUGUAUUGAAUCUGAACAUGAAUGACUUUAAACCUGGCACCAUUCUGAAUUACAGUCUCUUUCAGCAGACACCCAACUUACAGGUGUUAACUUUAUCUUCCUGCAACUUGGCAGCUAUAGAAUCCAAAGUAUUUUUUGCUCUCAGGAAGCUAACACAUGUGGACUUGAGUCACAACCACCUUAUUGCAUUCAAUUCAGAUGCAUUUUUCAAUCUCAGAAACAUUUAUCUCAAUUUUGCCAAUAAUGAAAUCCAUAUUAUCCCCCGCGAUAUGUUGACUAGCCUAUCUGGGCAGAGUGUAAUCAAUUUAAGUUACAAUCCACUGCAAUGCACCUGUUCCAAUAUUGGAUUAUUAACUUGGUACAAGCAAAACAUAGAUAAAAUUGAAGACUCUGAAGAGACGGUGUGUUCUGAGCCCACAUCUCUAGUGGGUGCUAAGCUCUUUUCCGUAAAUCUGUCCUGUGGGUAUAGCACUGCAACAAUAAUAUUGAUUGCCCUUACUGUGAUAACAGUAAUUGUAGUGACCUUCAUUUUGAUCAUAUGUUCAAGGAGAAAGUACCAAGAGAUUUAAGCUCUUAGAGGAACAAAAGGUGAAUGGCAGUAACUUCAAAUAACAAAUUAUUAGGAAGAUGUUUAUAAAGAACGAGUAUUUCUUAAUGACCAUUGUGUUCCUGUUCCACUUUAACAUAAAUAUUGCAUGCAGCAGCUCUGUCCGUAUAAUUUGGAAAUGGGAAAAGAAACCAAAUUGCAUUGCUCAGUCUUUUAUUUCCACACAAAGUUCUACGGGAAUUGACUCUCAAUGUUAUACCAGGAGACCACAGUUACCCAAAGUAGGAUGCAGAACAAAGCCAUCCUGGUUGCUGGUGGUUACCUGUUUGGCAGGCAAUGGAAAACUAACCUUUUGUUUGGCAAAAGGCUAAUAACUUACCUUGUAAAAUGGGAAAGAAGUAAGAAUGCUGAUCUUUCCCCAGUGAUCCAUCUGGGUGUGAUUAUAUACCCCUCCCUCUUCUUGCACAAUUGCUCACUGGAAAUGGCAACAUCUGAAAGAAUGUUACAGAGCAGGAGAAGAAAGCCUGGUCUGCAUUAAUCUGGGAUUCACAAACUACAAAGAAAUAGUAAUAGAGUCCUUUUUCUUCACCGUUUCUUUAUGUGCCUUCUGAGGGGCAAUUACUAUGCACACUAGAAAUGAUGGGGCAACCAUAUGCAUUUUAUUCAUGCUCAUCACAAAUAAAGUGAGGGGACAGGGGCACAGCAAGGGGAGAGGGGGCCUAUGUUCAACCCUCUCUCUGGCAGCCCCCCCCCCGAGUGAGGGAGAUAAUGAAGAAAACAGGGAGGGGUGGAGCUGAGGGCCCCUCAGGAGCUGGGGUACCCAGGUUCUUUGAACCCAUCUGCUCAAUUAUAGCUACACUCCUGUGAGUAGAGCUGGGUCUUUCCCUGCCCCCUUUAACAUGAAAAGUCAUGCAUAGAGAAAGGGAGUUAAAUCCUCUUCUGCCAUACCUUGCUGUGCUUUAUUGCUUCAAGCACUUUAAUCCUCAGCUAGCCUGCCUCAUUUCUGGUACUGGGAGCUGGAUGGGAGAAAAAUACUUCGAGCAGCAGAACACUGCAAAAUACGAUGGAGGAGAAUUUCAUCUGUGCAGUUUAUGCUAUGCACACACAGCCAGCCACCUUCUUUAUAUGGGGGCAGACAUCAAUAAAUACACAUCAUGUCUCAGAGCCAUUGACUGUGGACACUUGGAAUAAAUGGUAGAACAUUGGUUAUGCUUUAUUUGGUACAAAUCAACACCAAAUAACUGUUUUGUGGUACAUGCACAUUUGAUGUGACAUGAAAAUCAGGGAUAAAGAAUUGGUAAGAGUUAUUAUUAAAAGUGUGAAUUCUGGUGCUGUUUACAAUACUUGGCUAAAAUUCCUUAAACGUAUAGUUUUAGAAAUCUAUCUGUUCUUAAUUUCAUAUAGAUAAUAGGUGCUUUCUUGAUGUUAUCAGCUACUGAAUAAAAUAAAGAUUCUUAAUUCUUUA